AUGGCCUCCUCUUCUUCAGCAAGUCAAAUUCUCGCUUCACCUUCCUUGACCUCCACCUCCUCUCAUUCCUCUUCGUCGACCAACGAAUCCGCUCACCUUUCUUUCCUCAAUUCCUCUUCUGCCUCAACAAUUCCCAUUCCAAAACUCUCUGUUUCUGGUUCUCGCAUUCGAUUUCAGCCUGGGCUUGUCUCAAAUGCUUUGAAAACCGUCGAAUCGCCCAGCGUAUCGGUCUCCAAUGGCCUAGAUCUGGACAGCGCUGGCUUCCGUACGAAGCCCACAAUCCUCGUCUCCGAGAAGCUUGGAGAGGCCGGUCUCGAGCUCCUGCGUGGUUUUGGAGACGUUAAGUGCCUCUACGACCUGUCUCCGGAGCAGCUGUGCUCGGAGAUCUCACAGGUCGACGCGCUAAUUGUGAGAAGCGGCACUAAGGUGACGCGCCAAGUGUUUGAGGCAGCAAAUGGACGGUUGAAGGUUGUCGGAAGGGCCGGCGUCGGUAUCGACAAUGUAGAUCUUCAGGCCGCCACUGAGCAUGGAUGCCUCGUCGUCAACGCGCCCACCGCUAAUACUAUUGCUGCUGCCGAGCACGCUAUAGCUCUGCUGGCCUCCAUGGCGCGAAAUGUCGCCCAGGCCGAUGCCUCCAUGAAAUCUGGAAAAUGGCAACGCAACAAAUAUGUUGGAGUCUCUCUUGUUGGGAAGACAAUAGCAGUUAUGGGAUUCGGAAAAGUUGGAUCUGAAGUUGCCAGACGAGCAAAAGGCCUUGGCAUGCAUGUAAUUGCACAUGAUCCAUACACCCCAGCUGAUAGGGCCCGUGCUAUAGGUGUGGAACUGGUUUCUUUUGAUGAGGCCAUUGCUGCUGCCGAUUUUAUUUCACUCCACAUGCCGCUCACUCCUACCACUUCCAAGAUAUUGAAUGAUGACACUUUUGCAAAGAUGAAGAAAGGAGUCCGCAUAAUUAAUGUUGCCAGAGGUGGGGUUAUUGAUGAAGAGGCACUAGUGAGGGCCCUUGAAAGUGGAGUAGUUGCACAGGCAGCACUUGAUGUAUUUGCUCAGGAGCCCCCACCCAAGGAUAGCAAACUAUUGCAACUUGAAAAUGUCACCUUACACCUCAUCUUGGAGCUAGCACAAAAGAAGCACAGGUAUAGAUCCACUGAAGGCGUGGCAGUUGAAAUAGCUGAGGCUGUAGUAGGAGCUUUAAGAGGAGAGCUGUCUGCAACUGCAGUUAAUGCUCCAAUGGUCCCUGCCGAGGUUCUUUCUGAGUUAGCCCCUUAUGUGAUGCUGGCCGAGAAGCUGGGUAGACUUGCUGUGCAGUUGGUUACUGGAGGAAAAGGAAUUCAAUCUGUGAAGAAAGGCCUCCGCAUAAGUGAAGAGCGAGUAAAUGUUGAUUCAUCACCUGAUAGCCCUAUUGGCUCUAUCCAACUCCAAAUUAGUGAUGUGGAUUCAAGAUUUGCAAGUGCUCUCUUAGAGAAUGGAAUUAUCUGCAUAGAGGGACGGGUGAAAUAUGGGAUACCUCAUCUUACACAGGUGGGAUCAUUUAGUGUGGAUGUGAGCUUGGAAGGAAAUCUCAUUUUGUGCCGUCAAGUGGACCAACCAGGCAUGAUUGGACAGGUUGGGAACAUUCUUGGCGAGAGCAAUUGCAAUGUUAACUUUAUGAGUGUAGGAAGAACAGUUAAAAGGACAAAGGCCAUCAUGGCAAUUGGUGUAGAUGAAGAGCCAGACAAGGAUACUCUCAAGAAAAUUGGGGAAGUACAGGCAAUUGAAGAGUUUGUGUUCCUAAAGCUAUAG